AUGUCCAAGCCUGCGGAGCUCGCAGAGGUUCUCUGGCCCGGGGACAUUUCCACCGAUUUCGCAGAUGAAGUCGUCUCGAUCCUUUUGCAGCGCGGCUACUGCAAAGUGCGCGCUCCCGUUUUGGAGCAGCGCAGCAUGGUUGUCGACAUGGCCAGGCGCAAAGCGAGCUUCGCCUUGCCCCAUAUGGAGCUGGAGGAGGGAUUUCUCGGACGCCGAUCUCGAAGCAAAGUCGCUUUCCUGGCCGCGGCCGAGAGCGAGGAGCCUCUGAAAGGCUGCAUUGACACCAUGUCAAGCUUGGCGGAUGCCGUGGCGCUUCGGAUGGGACGGGAGCUAGGUUUCGAGGCUCUGCCGCAGUUGCAGCAGCUGCUUCUGCGAGAGCCCCUGGCCCGUGGUGAACGGAGUUCACUGAGCCCUGGGCCUCUCUCGGACGAGGAGGUGGAGCGGGGCCUGGUGGAGCAGUACGUGAGCUUCCUUCGGACCCGCCGGCUCUGCGUCCUCUACGUACUCGAGGCACAAAAGGGCUGCUUGGAGUUGUAUCCUCAGGGUGCCAAGACAGCACUCAAGGUGCCAGUGUCGGCAGGUACCCUCGUGCUCUUUCGCAGCGACGAGCUAUCCUACGCCUAUGUCCAAUCCGGCCACGACGUCGCAUUGCAGGGCUGGGUGGUGUCUACACAGGACCAGGUCGCUCUCGAGGGUCUUGAUGGCGACUACGAAGGUCUCCAAGAUCUCUACGGAGUGCCGAGGGUCCAAGGACAACCCAUGCCCAUCGCAGACCAGGUGAACAUCAUGAGUGCUGCUUGCAAGCUGCCUGCCAGUGUGGACAGCCUCGACCAGAACUACAUAAUGUACAGUGCACAAACGGACACAUUUAUUGAAAUUCCCCUUCUGCGGUGGGAUGUCAGCCUGUACUACACAGACAAUCCGGAAGCGAGCCCGGUGCCUAAGUCCUACACAAAGCACGCUGGGCUCCUCGCGGACAACGACAUCUUAGGCUUUGACAAUGACUUCUUCGACAUUCCAGAGAAGCAUGCCUCUUCCUACCCUCCCUGCAUCCGCCUUUGUCUAGAGAAGUGCUUCGAGUCACUGCAACACCGGGGCUACACAAAGCAAUCCAUCAGAGGUCAGAAUUUGCCACUCCAUGUCGCCGACAUCGGCCACGAGUUUGAUCCCUUCUUCAGGUACUUCGAGGAUCCUGACAGCUGGGCCAACGGGCGACAGUUCAACCUGCCAUCAGCAGGACUAAUCGCAUACCAUCUCGAUUUGAGAGGCCCAACGAUGUGCAUCGACACGGCCUGCUCGUCCUCGCUGGUGAGCUCGAAUCUGCUCUUCAAUUAUUUACGCAAGAGGCCCGACCCUUCCGUCAAGGAGGCCAUCACUGCCUCCCACAUGACCUGCUUGGCGCACACCACCUUCAUCGGCUUGAGCGGCGCGGGUAUGUUGGGAAGGACUGGCCGCUGCAAGUCCUUCGACAACUCGGCCAACGGCUACGCGCGCGGCGAGGCCAUCACAUCCAUGGUCUGGAAGGUUCCGGAUGAGGCCAAGGACGUGGAAGAACGGCUGGGCCUCUUCGUCACAGGUUUUGUGAACCAGGAUGGGCGCAGUGCGAGCCUGACGGCACCGAACGGCCCCUCACAGCAGCUCUGCGUGCGCUCCUCCUUGCGCCUGGGAGGUUUGCUCCCUCAAGAGGUGGUCUGCACAGAGAACCAUGGCACCGGCACGGCCUUGGGAGAUCCGAUUGAGGUGGGCUCCGUCCGGGCAGUCUUUUGGAGGAACCGCGACGCGCCAGUCAUCGUCACCACGGGGAAAUCCCACCAGGGACACUCCGAGGCCUCGGCAGGGAACUGUGGGAUCAUGAAGAUCGUCAACACUAUCCGUCAUUGGACAGCGCCUGCUCAGUGUCAUCUUCAAUUUCUCAAUGCACAUAUCGACGAUGCAGGCUUUCCCGGCCUUUUCCCUGUGGAGUGCUGUAACUUGAGUGCCGAUGAGCGUGGCAUCAUCAGUGGCCUGAAUUCCUUCGGCUUCGGUGGCACCAAUUCACGGGGCGAGAUCUGGGCCAUGAGCCGCUCGGUAAUGCGACGGAAUUCGGACAAGGCGCUUGCAUGUGUGCGGACGCGCGAGGGCCAAGCCCAGGAGAUUGCCGUGACGGUUCCGUGCAACUCGUGCGGAGAACCCAUGCACUACCUUGAUGGCCGUGCACUGCAGGGUGGUGCAGGGACCCAUCACUGCACGGACAUCCGCGAGGACGUGGCCUCCUACGAGACUUGCAGUAAAUGCUACACCGGUGCCUACCACUAUCGAGGAACACUUGCCUGA